AUGGCUAAAGGCAUCGAGCCGACGGGGAACCGGGUUCUGCGCCCGGCCGUGUUUACGGUGGACGCCUUCAGCGCGGGCCAGGGCCAGGUCACCGUCUACCUGGACCACCCGGACGGGACCCGGGAGGAGGUACCCGCCGGAUACCCCGCUCCCGAGAGCACCGGGGGUUUUACCAACACCUCCUAA